GAAAAUGAAACGGGCUUAUAAUCCAGGUGUAUUCUGGGUCGGGUCGUAACCGGGCAAUGACGCAGGAUCUGACGUAAAUCUCCUAAGAAUUUUUUUAAAAAGUCUCCGGAAAAUAAAUCAAAGUUCAUAACUUAAAAAGAAAAAAUAAAUAUGACGAAAGAAAAAAUAAAUCGGUCCACGUCCCAAACCCUUUUUAUAGGAGAGUCUUAUGUUCUGGCAGAAGACUUCACAGACUCUUUCUUAAUCUCUCUCUCUCUUUAAACCAAACCCAAAAACAAUAAUAUCAUUUUCUGAUCUCUCUCUAAAAAUCUUUAAUCUCCUUUCGUUAAUCUCGUGAUCUUCUUCUUCUUCUUCUUCUAUAUAUGGACAGAGGAUGGUCUGGUCUCACUCUUGAUUCAUCUUCUCUCGAUCUUUUAAACCCUAAUCGUAUUACUCAUAACAAUCACCGACGUUUCUCAAAUCCUUUGACGAUGUCUAGAAUUGACGAAGAUGAUGAUCAGAAGACGAAAAUAUCAACCAACGGUAGUGAAUUUAGGUUUCCCGUGAGUCUCUCCGGUAUUCGUGAUCGUGAAGAUAAUGAUUUUUCAUCUGGCGUCGUCGGAGAUAAUGACCGUGAAGUUCCCGGCGAGGUGGAUUUCUUCUCCGACAAGAAAUCUAGGGUUUGUCGUGAAGACGAAGACGGGUUUCGUGUUAAGAAGGAAGAACAAGAUGAUCGAACGGAUGUAAAUACCGGGUUGAAUCUUCGAACAACGGGUAAUACAAAGAGUGAUGAGUCAAUGAUCGACGAUGGAGAAUCUUCUGAAAUGGAAGAUAAGCGUGCGAAAAAUGAGUUGGUUAAGUUACAAGAUGAGUUGAAGAAAAUGACAAUGGACAAUCAAAAGCUUAGAGAAUUGCUUACACAAGUGAGCAACAGUUACACUUCACUUCAGAUGCAUCUUGUUUCACUAAUGCAGCAACAACAACAACAGAAUAAUAAGGUAAUAGAGGCUGCUGAGAAACCUGAGGAGACAAUAGUACCGAGGCAAUUUAUUGAUUUAGGCCCUACGAGAGCAGUGGGUGAGGCCGAGGAUGUAUCGAAUUCUUCAUCCGAAGAUAGAACUCGUUCGGGCGGUUCUUCUGCAGCCGAGAGGCGUAGUAACGGGAAGAGACUUGGGCGUGAAGAAAGUCCCGAAACCGAGUCCAACAAAAUUCAGAAGGUGAAUUCUACUACCCCGACGACAUUUGAUCAAUCCGCCGAAGCUACGAUGAGGAAAGCCCGUGUCUCGGUUCGUGCCCGAUCGGAAGCUCCCAUGAUAAGCGAUGGAUGUCAAUGGAGAAAGUAUGGCCAGAAGAUGGCCAAAGGAAAUCCUUGUCCGCGGGCAUAUUACCGCUGCACGAUGGCCACGGGUUGUCCCGUUCGCAAACAAGUUCAACGUUGUGCGGAAGAUAGAUCAAUUCUGAUAACGACCUACGAGGGAAACCAUAACCAUCCGUUACCUCCAGCCGCGGUAGCCAUGGCUUCUACCACCACGGCUGCGGCUAACAUGUUGCUAUCCGGAUCAAUGUCUAGUCACGAUGGGAUGAUGAACCCUACAAAUUUACUAGCUAGGGCUGUUCUUCCUUGCUCCACAAGCAUGGCCACAAUCUCAGCCUCCGCCCCGUUUCCCACCGUCACAUUAGACCUCACCCACUCACCACCGCCUCCUAAUGGUUCCAACCCUUCCUCUUCGGCAGCCGCCACCAGCAACAACAACAACCAAAACUCAUUGAUGCAACGGCCGCAACAGCAAAUGACGAAUUUACCCCCGGGUAUGCUACCUCAUGUAAUAGGUCAGGCAUUGUAUAACCAAUCCAAGUUCUCAGGGCUGCAGUUCUCCGGUGGCUCUCCCUCGACGGCAGCGUUUUCUCAGUCACACGCGGUGGCUGAUACAAUAACGGCACUCACAGCUGACCCGAAUUUCACGGCGGCUCUUGCAGCCGUUAUUUCUUCUAUGAUCAAUGGUUCGAACCACCACGACGGCCAAGGAAACAACAAAAGUCAAUAGAAAAAUAUUACAAUUUUUUUUUUUUGGCAUCUACAUUUUUUUUCAACUGGGUUAUAGGAAACAGAGAGUUUAUUUCAUUGAUUCACAUUUGUUCUUCUGUUUCGUACCAAAAUUCCAGUAAAUAUACAAAAGAAAAAAAUAUAUAAUUUAAUUUCAUUAAAAAAAAAUUGUUACGUAACUUAGUUAGCAUUGCCUUUAAAGCUGUAAUAUUGACAUUUCUUUUGAGUGUAAUAUAUACAUCACAUGUGAGCGCC